GCCUAUUGUUCCUAGCAACUACCUGUAGUACAUUUAAACCUUGAUAGUGGUAAUACAGGUCUUUAAUAAAUUAAUAGACAGAACAGGGGAGAGAAAGAGUUUUGAGUUGAAUAGCUCACAGUUUGCCUUUGUGUUUGGUGUUCAUGGCCACUGGAUAAUCUGAGCAUCAAAAAAUCGGCACCCCGGCAUUGUUUGAGCGCCUUUGGCCCGCACCUGCUAUUGGUACAGCCAGUAUAUUAGGCACCUUGGCCCUGUCUCUUGCUCAUUCGCAGUCGUAGUGACAAGAGUACACAACAUUAGCAGAGCCUCCAUACUCAACACCCAUCAUGCCUCGAUCAUUCCUCAUCAAGAAAAAGGAAAUCAAGAAAGCAUCUCUAAACUCUUUCGAAUGCGUGCAGCAUACACCUCCCACUUUCGAACACUUGAUCACCAAUGGCUUCUCCGUCAAGUUCCUUGCACCCGAGGUAAUGCAGCCAAUUCGAGUCAAGAACCCCCCCGAACCGAUGGUGAUCGUGCCCCACACAAAGCUAGAAAAAGAACGAAUCACCCACUCAUGGAACACCAAGGCUGCUUCUAGGUCAGCGACGCCCGAAUUCGAGUCCCCGAAAGAGGAGAAAGCACAGGAGCUUGACGUGAACAACACAGACAAGCCAUACACGUGCCAACACUGCAGCAAAGUGUUCACAAGAUCUUGGAACUUCCAAAGACACGUCUUGAUUCACACUGGACAGAAACCCUAUAAAUGCCAGAAGUGCCCCAAAGCCUUCGCACUCGCCGCACACCUCAAGAUCCAUAACAGGAUUCACACAGGAGAGAAGCCAUACACAUGUAACAUCUGCUCUAGAGGAUUCGCUCAACUGACAAACCUGCAGCGCCAUAUUCUCACUCACACCGGCGAGAAACCACAUAAGUGCACCUACUGUCCAAAGGCGUUCGUGAGCUCGAGCGACCUUCGGCGCCACGUGCGCAUCCAUACUGGUGAACGCCCUUACAAGUGCAAGCAAUGCUCCAAAGCUUUCACAACAUCCGGGAACCUCCAAUCACACAUCCUGACACACACCGGGGAGAAACCAUACAAGUGCAGCAUCUGCAAUUGGAAAUUUAUCAGCUCCAGCAAUCUACGCACGCACAUUCGCAUUCACCACUCGUAUUUCACGGACAAGGCGGGAAACCAAGUGACGCAGCCGAACGGAAAGCCUAUUAACCCUGACCUUGCUAAGCCGGACACCAUGCCGCAAACACAGCAGGUCUACUACUAAACAUCCUUGUAUAUAAGAAAAUAAAAUGAAUAUUAUAUAUAUUUAUAGAUUUGUACAGAUACAGGUUCAAUGAACCAUAGAUAUACUUUCAUUUAAAAGAUUUUAUUAUAUGAAAUUUAAUAGAAAAAAUAGAUAAACAUAUUUUUCGUGUGAAAAAGGAUGUUGUAACUAAUAAAGAUUGUUGAGUGUAA